GACAUAAUCCAUCAAUUAACAAAAGAAAAAUCAUCCAUAUAUAUGUCCAUCACUCUCCAGAAUGGUACAACGCUUUAUGAAAUGUACGACGGAUUCUCUGUCUCCAACGAAGCUGGGAAAUAUCAACUCCUUCUUGAGGGACCUGCCACGGGAACCUUAGGAGACGAAAUGACAUACCACGAUCUGAUGAACUUCUCCACCCCGGACAGGGAUAACGACUUGUGGAGUGGUCACUGUGCUGCUGCCCAUGACCUUAGAGGAGGCUGGUGGUUCAACCACUGUAACCGCGUCUACUUUAACGGUCGCUGGUCCCCGGAGCUCUGGAACAGACCAUGGACUCCCACAGUAAAGACUGGGGCAUCAGUGAGGGGGACCACCAUGAUGAUCAGACGGAACUAGACGAAAGAUCAUCUAUCAAUGAGACGAAUCCAUUUUGAUUCAAGUGACGGUUUUUAAUUUAGCAUUUAUCACGGGGUCCUUUUUUGUAAGAAUGUUUUAUGUCAAGUGAUUAAAAAUAUGUUUUCAGUAA